GAGCCCGGGCUGCAGGGCGGGGCUCGCGCCCGCGCCCCCGAAUCCGCCGGUGCAUUGCUCUCCAGUCUCGCGGCUGGUAGGUGGCUCGGUUUCCUCUCCGGCCCCAUGGCAGUCCCUGGCUCCCCAGCGGAGUGCGGCUACAUCCGCACUGUCCUCGGUCAGCAGAUCCUGGGCCAACUGGACAGCUCCAGCUUGGCCUUGCCCUCCGAAGCCAAGCUGAAGCUGGCGGGGAGCAGCGGCCGCAGCGGCCAGGCGGCCAAGAGCCUGCGGAUCCAGGAGCAGGUGCAGCAGACCUUGGCCCGGAAGGGCCGGAGCUUCGUUGGCAACGGAAAUCUCCAUCGCACCAGCAGUGUUCCCGAGUAUGUCUACAACCUACACUUGGUUGAAAAUGAUUUUGCUACAGGGCGUUCACCUGUUCCUAAAACUUAUGAUAUACUACAGGCAGGCACGACAGCCACUUAUGAAAAUCGCUGGGGGAGAGGAGCGGCACAGUAUAGUUCACAGAAGUCGAUGGAAGAGAGGUCCUUCAGGCAGCCUCUGAGGAGGCUUGAGAUUUCUCCUGACAGCAGCCCUGAAAGGGUUCACUACUCUCACAGUGAAUACCAGUACAACCCACGAAGCCAGGCUGGGCACACCUUGCGGCACCAGGAAAGCAAGAGAUCUACCCUCCUCAUGCCACCAAGAUAUGCUCGUUCAGAAAUUGUUGGCUUCAGCCAUCCCAAUGCUGUGAGCAGGCAGCGCCACUAUGACACUUACCACAGACAGUACCAGUAUGGGUCUGUUAACAACACGGUUUUUGAUGGUGUUCCUGUCAGCCCAGCAGUGCUCACGUACCCCAGGCCUGGGACCAGUCACAGCAUGGGCAACCUCUUGGAGAAAGAGAACUAUCUGACUUCAGGCCCUGCUGCUGGGCAAGUGAGGCCACUGGUGCCCUUGCAACCUGUCAACCAGAACAGGGCUGUUCGGUCCUCCUGGCAUCAGAGCUCCUUCCACAGCACCCGCACUCUGAGGGAAGCAGGGCCUAGUGUCGCUGUGGAUCCCAGUGGGAGGAGAACACACAUGACCGUUGGCCAGGUGGCAGCAGGCGGAAGCGGGAAUUUGCUCUCGGAGAGAAGCACUUUCACCGACUCCCAGUUUGGGAAUGCGGACAUGGAGAUGACUCUGGAGCGGGCAGUCAGCUUGCUUGAUGCCGAUCACACGCCCCUGUCCAGGAUUUGUGCGGCAGCUACUUUCAUACAGCAUGAGUGCUUCCAGAAGUCUGAAGCGCGGAAAAAGGUUAAUCAGCUCCGUGGCAUACCCAAACUUCUGCAGCUCCUCAAAGUUCAGAAUGAAGAUGUCUCACGAGCUGCGUGUGGAGCAUUAAGAAACUUGGUAUUUGAGGACAAUGACAACAAGUUGGAGGUGGCUGAACUCAAUGGAGUACCUCGGCUUCUCCAGGUGCUGAAGCAGACCAGAGACCUGGAGACCAAAAAGCAAAUAACAGGUUUGCUGUGGAAUUUGUCCUCUAAUGACAAACUCAAGAAUCUCAUCAUAACAGAAGCCUUACUGACCCUGACUGAGAGUAUCAUCAUCCCUUUUUCGGGGUGGCCUGAAGGUGACUACCCAAAAGCAAAUGGAUUGCUUGACUUUGAUAUAUUCUACAAUGUCACAGGAUGCCUGAGGAACAUGAGUUCUGCUGGCCCUGAUGGGAGGAAAGUGAUGAGAAGGUGUGAUGGACUGAUUGAUUCCUUGGUCCAUUAUGUCAGAGGAACCAUUGCAGAUUACCAGCCAGAUGACAAAGCCACAGAAAAUUCUGUGUGCAUUCUUCAUAACCUCUCCUACCAGCUGGAAACAGAGCUCCCAGAGAAAUAUUCUCAAAGUAACUAUAUUCAGAACCGGAAUAUCCAGAUGGACAGCAACAAAAGUAUUGGGUGUUUUGGGAAUCGGAGCAGAAAAGUGAAAGAGCAAUACCAGGACCUGCCGAUGCCAGAGGAAAAGAGCAACCCCAAAGGUGUAGAGUGGCUGUGGCACUCCAUCGUGAUACGCAUGUACCUGUCUUUGAUUGCCAAGAGCGCGCGGAACUACACACAGGAAGCCUCUUUGGGAGCACUGCAGAAUCUCACAGCAGGAAGUGGACCAAUGCCGACUUCAGUAGCACAGACGGUUGUCCAGAAGGAGAAUGGCCUGCAGCACACCCGGAAGAUGUUGCACAUCGGUGACCCAAGUGUGAGGAAAACUGCCGUUUCCUUGCUGAGGAAUUUGUCUAGGAACCUUUCUCUGCAGAAUGAAAUUGCCAAAGAAACGCUUCCUGAUUUGGUUUCUAUAAUUCCUGACACAGUUCCAAGUACUGACCUUCUCAUUGAAACUACAGCCUCUGCCUGUUACACAUUGAACAAUAUCAUCCAAAAUAGUUACCAGAAUGCCCGGGACCUUCUAAACACUGGAGGCCUCCAGAAAAUUAUGGCCAUCAGCACAGGCGAUGCCUAUGCACCCAACAAGGCAACUAAAGCUGCUUCCGUGCUGCUGUAUUCUCUGUGGACCCACACUGAACUCCAUAACUCCUACAAGAAGGCUCAAUUUAAGAAGACAGAUUUUGUCAACAGCCGGACUGCCAAAGCCUACCACUCCCUUAAAGACUAAGAAUAAAAAAAAAUACUCUUGGAAAUAUCAACCUUUCGUGCUCAGCUACAAAUAAAAAGUCCCAAUGGAAAACACCUAUUUUUCUACUAUACAGCCCAAGAAACCUCAAAAUAGCAUGCCCUGUUUCUGUUUUCUAUUUCUAUGGUCCCCAGAAUCUUAAAAACAAAAGACCAGAGUAUCAUUUUAUCAGUCUUCCAAAAGACUUUGGCAAGUGUGCCAUAAGUAAACACUGG